AUGCAGAUCGAAACCGAAUUCCAGAAAUAUGGCCAGCACAUGCGCGGCUUUAAAGCGGUAGCGGUAUAUGGUGGUGUUUCUAUUGGCGGGCAGAUCCGUGAUCUCAAAAAUAAUCCCCAGGUUGUAGUGGCAACCCCAGGCCGUCUGAUCGACUUACUGGAGCGCAAAGCCCUGAAUCUGGACCAUGUUAAAUUCGUGGUACUGGAUGAGGCCGAUGAAAUGCUGAACAUGGGCUUCCGGGAAGAUAUCGAUUUCAUCCUGAAGAACACCCCUGAGCGUGAGCACACCUGGUUGUUCUCUGCCACGAUGAGUAAUGAAGUGCGUGGUAUUGCCAAGCGCUUUAUGAAGGAGUGGAAAGAA